CUCACUACUACCAUGUCCCCUGUCCCAAGCUUCUACUUCGAGUAAUCAUUUCGGCCGAUCUCUCCUGGUAAUUGAGCUCUGUACACGAGUUAGCCUGCCAUCCAUCGCAUAACUACCUCCCCAAACCCUCGAAAAUCGUCCGUAUACUGCAGACGAAACAUGUCUUUAUCCUCGAACGCAUUACCUGCCUCGCCUUUCCCGAUAUUCACAACGGUAGCAUCAUACCGCGAGUGGCGGGAAAAGGCCUAUGAUGAGAAGAAAUCCGUCGGCUUUGUAGCGACGAUGGGUGCUCUGCACGAAGGCCAUCUCUCACUAGUGAGAAGGUCUCUCGCUGCGAAUGACCUAACGGUGCUGUCCAUAUUCGUGAACCCUGCGCAAUUCGCUCCCAAUGAAGACCUUGCAACGUAUCCGCGCUCGCUGCCUGACGACGUGGAGCUACUCUCGUCAUUGUCCCUCUCCGUGGAUCUUCCUGACGAGAAGGGAAUAUCUGAAAGUGUGACACGGACACCGUCCGCACUUUUCCUUCCGACGGUAUCGGAGAUGUACCCGAGUGGUAUUUCACAGGAUGUCUCGGAACAAAAGGGUACAUUUGUAGAGGUGAAGGGUUACGGGCAUCAGAUGGAGGGUAAGACAAGGCCAACGUUCUUCCGCGGUGUUGCGACUGCGGUUACCAAGCUUUUCAACGUCAUCGAGCCCACUCGCACGUACUUUGGUCAGAAAGACAUCCAGCAAGCACUAUUACUACGACGUAUGACGCGUGACCUACUCCUGUCGCAUCCCUCCCCGGAGAACCUGUACAUCGUGCCCACUGCUCGUGACACGAUAUCCUCUCUCGCGCUGGCCUCCCGCAACGCAUACCUCACUCCGAGAGAGCGUGACUACGCCGCCCCUGCGCUAUACGAUGCACUGCAGGUCGGCGAACGCGCAUGGGAGUCGGGAGAGACCAAGGCGGAGUGCGUGUCUCACGCACACAGAGUGAUUUCUGAGACCAUGGCAAGACUGAAUGGGAUAGGAAAGGAGAGAAUUGAAAUGCAGUUAGAUUAUAUCGAAUUCAACGACCCCGAGGGUUUCGACGUGCUCCCCGAUGCGGUCACAUUGGAGCAGUGGGAAAGCGAGGAAGGUCGUGGCGGACAGGAGAGACCGAUCAUUCUCAGCGGAGCGUUGUGGGUUGGACGGACUAGGUUGAUUGAUAAUAUCAUCCUGGGUGAUCCGUUGAGAAUAGGCAUGAUGAUUUAGUAUUCACUUGGUAUCAUUGUAUUCUGGAGCAUACAAUUCGUUUGCAGCGGGCUGUGAUAAACAGAUUUAGUUGUACAUCAUCGCGAUGGUAAGAAACUGCUCCUGGCAUUGCAGGUAGCAGCAGCAGUAUAGUGAACUUCAUCAACAAUGUUAGUGCACCUGUCGUGCCUGCGCUGACGACUUCAUUCCAUAUCGGACUCAUCGUCGGAUAAGCCAUCAUCUGACCCGGCAGGCUUGCUGGGAACGAAAGGGACCGAUUCUAUGACACCUUCCAGUUCAUGCCCGAGCCGUUCAAGCAGGUACUUGAUUGACUCCAGCCCAUUCAGGAGACAGCGUGCACAGCUCUCCUGACGGUAAUCGACCAUCUUGUCCUGAAUGUGCUUUGUUAAAUAAGUGCUCAUCUCGACUGCCUCUCUGCAGGGACGCAUGACC